UCGCUUUCGUUGCUUGAAACGUGAAACAUACGAUAUAUGUUGUAUAUAGAUAUAGAUGUACAUAUACAAGCCAAAGAAAAAUCUAAAUUGAAAAGUGAACAAUUUUUGUACGUUACGUCAGUCAAAGUUAUCGUUGACGUUGGGGCAAUUUUUUUUGGAGUAAUUUUUUUGGCGCGCUAUUUAAAACUCGCGCAUUGAAACGGUUUUUGUGUGUUUCGAUACGGGUUUUUGCCACCUUUACGUGCAUAUUAACCGCUUAAAAAAAACAUUCGAAUUCCGUUAACCGUUUCUGGCAAAAACACCAACAACAACAGGCUGCUGCUACAGCACAUUAAAUAUUGCACAAAAUACAAAAGAAAAAAAACACGAUUGGAAUAUGACAACCAGCAAUACAAACAGCAAUAACGAUACCGAAGAAAGAUCGACGACUGCAACAGUUGCUACCAGCACGACAGCAACUUCUUCUUCGGUCUAUGGUUACAACAACAGCAAUAGCAGUACCAACAACAACAAUAAUAAUAACGACCCACUAACUACAAUAGUUAAUAUAGGAUCAACGAAUCGUGUCAUGCAGGCGGAUGAGGAUUUCAACAUUCGAUUUGUGAAUUUGGUACGCACACAUAAAUGUCUCUAUGACAAAAAAGUGCCCGAAUAUCGCAACAGAGAUAAUCAAGAGAAAGCUUGGGUGCUAAUUUCCAAGGAAACCCGUGAAAGUGUCAUUCAUUGCAAGGAACGUUGGCGCAAUUUGCGUGCCUGUCUGUCUCGUUAUAUCAAACAGCAGAAUGGAUCGGAACCGCAGCAUAAGCCGUAUUAUCUGACAGAACAUAUGGCCUUUUUGUUACCCUUCCUUAAGUCGACGCGGAAUAAUUUGGAUGGCCAUACAAGUCUAGCCACGCUCUAUCAUCUAUCCCAGCAGCAUCUACAGCAACAACAGCAGCAACAACAAGAACAACACCAGCAGCAGAUGCAUCCUCAUGAGGAGCAUUUAUAUUGUUCCACCACUACCAUCAAUUCUGUCAAUAAUAAUAGUAAUAAUCUUGGCAAGGAAAUUCUACAGCUUAAACAAUCCAUGUCAGAGACUGACGGGGACGAAGUCCAUGAGAUGAAACAAUCAAUGUCGGAGAAUGAUGAUGAGGAAACUAUCGAUGCCUUCGAUCCGCUAAUAGCAGCAACUCUCACUUUACAGCAAAGAGGUGGAGGAGGAGGAGGCGGAGGAGGGGGUGAUGUAACUAGUACACCGAAUAUAUCCCAUCCCAGAGUAGGAUCAUCGGCUAGAAGUGAUACAGCCAGUGCCGAUAGCUUACAGAAUUUCAUACCCGAUGUCCAAUUGGCCGAAACAGGACAAAAUUUGGUCUAUCUGGAUGGACGUGUAUCGCCAUCGCCACAAAUGCCAAUGCAUUAUCAUCCGCAUCAUCAUUCCGAUCAUCAUCAGAUGCCCAAACGCAUCAAAACGGAAUGUGGUGAAGCCACCACAACCAUGACAAAUCCUGGUGGCUAUAGUGUCUCCGAAAUGGCCGAUAUGGAAUUCUUUCGUAGCAUUUUACCCGACAUUGCAUCCUUGACGCCGCAACAGCGUCGUAAAUUUAAAAUUGGCAUCCUUGAGCUAAUUGAUGAUGUUGUGGCACGUUAUCCUGAACCCAAUAUGAUGAAUGGUUCCGCUGCGGGUAGUAGCAAUGGUUCCCUAAACAGUGUUGGUGGUGCACGACGGCAACGACACAGUUCUGGCCGGGAUUGGCGUAAAUAAACUAAAACCCAAAAAAAUUAUACAUAUACAUAGUCACUAAAAAAGAAAUUGGAAUAAGUUUAUGAUAAAUAUUUGUUAAGAUUGGACUGGUGACUCGGAAAACUAAGAAGGUGGACCCCUACAAUUGCAUUUCCUAUCUCUAUUCCAAUAGAUAAAUAUUUGAAUUCUGGUUCUAAUUGUGAGUUAACUGAAAUGUAAAUGAAUGAUUGUGAUUUGUUUCUAAUUCCAAGGCAAAUAAGUUUCCAAAAGGAUGGAAUUACCCCUUUUGUUGUCCAAGCUCUCCAGUCCAUUUCCAUGCCCAAGUGUUGUGUGCACGCUCAAUGUGCUAGUUGAUAGGAAGAUAGUGAGUUUGCUUUAUAUAGGAAUAAGCCGCAGCUAGAUCUGUUCUGCUGUUUGUUGUGUUUGUAUAUAGUUUUAGGUGUUUAAACUAAGCAAAUUAAGUGAAAUGAAUUAGUAAUAAAAAAUAUAAUGGAUGUACAAAGAAAUAAUGUUCCAUGUUUUGGUUACGCCGAACAUUAAUAAUUUUGUCUGUGUCAAA